UAGAGGAAGAAGCCAAUGCAGCGAGCAGGACUCGACGGAACCUUCGUGGCAACGUUUUAUAUUGGUUCUAGAUAUUUUGUUGUUUCAAUCACGCUUCCAUGUCUACUCAGACACACACACAAAUCAUUUCAGCAGACCUAAGUUGACACAGCAAGGGGACUUGCGUAAAGAAGAAUGUCAAAGCCAAAAUUUAGGCCCUGUCCAAAUUGCCAGGUUCGUCAGCAGGCGAAUAGGAUAACCUGCAGUGCGUGUUUCGCUGACCUGAAGAAGCGUAGCGACAACAGAGCAGAACAUAUUGAUGAGGACUGGGUCCAGGUUGUCCAAAAGAACCGGAAUGCAUCAAGGGUGGUGGCCUCUGCCAAAAUUGUUGUCAAAAAACUUUCUGCUUUGGGCUAUAAGCCCAUCUUGUUCCUCAGCAAGAGGAACAAAGGAACAGGCAAAACAGUGGCAGACGUAGUCAUGCACCUGCCACCGACACAAAACAACACCGAGAUCGUAAAGAGCAUGAUGGGGGCGUACGCUUCCAUCAUCAAAGCAGAUGAUGUACCCCAGCCCACACCCCCAGACCAACCCACUUGUCAAGGCCUAUCAAACGAUGCAAAUCAAGGACAUCUGAACCUAGGGUCCUUGAAAACUGGACAGGAUCUGUGUUCUGCUAUCAACAUGGACCUCGGACUUCCAGUUAGUUCUGGCUGUGCUGAGACACAUCAGGUGGACCUGAGAGCGAUGGUGAAAGUAGAAGAUAUAAAUGAGGAGGAAAACAAUCAUAUGAUUUCAUGUCCCAGAGUCCCAGAGUCCAACUUUAAUUACAAUGAGACACAACAGACAGCAGCAGAGAUUGAGGUGAAGAUUGAAGAAGAAGAAGAAGAAGAAGAAGAUGAAGAUGAGUUCAACAUUAGUUACAAUGAAACACAAGAGACAGCAGCGGAGAUUGAAGUGAAGAUUGAAGAAGAAGAAGAAGAAGAAGAAGAAGAAGAAGUGAAUAAAGAGGAGGAAGAAGAGGAGGAGGAAGAAGAAGAAGAAGAGGAGGAGGAGGAGGAGAAAGCGGAGGAAGAGGAGGAGCAUGACGAGCCUGGCUGUCUGCUGGAAAGUGUAUCAGACCACUCGUAUGCAGUGCAACAGCAGAUCCAUGGACAGAAUGAUGAACUCAACCUGCAGCUGCAAGGAAGGCUGCACCACUGCACUGUGUGCAGGAAGAGCUUCAACACACUUUCUGAACUCGAGAAACACCAGCAAACACACUGCCCUGGUGUUGAUCAAAGGCAGUGUACUGGCAAAAGACAUCAAUGUGACCAGUGUGGAAAAGUUUUUGGACAAAAGGCCUCUCUUAAAAGCCAUAGUUUGACUCACACUGAAGAGAAACCACAUCAAUGUGCCCAAUGUGAAAAAGUGUUUAGACACCUCUCAACUCUUAAAGCCCACAUGCUUACACAUACUGGAGAGAAGCCACACAGAUGUGUCUUUUGUGGAAAAGCUUUCUCAUUCAAUUUCUCUCUCAAGAAACAUAUUUUGAUUCACACUAGAGAAAAGCCUCAUACAUGUUCUCAGUGUGGAAAAGCUUUUAGACAGCUCUCAACUCUUCAACGCCACAAGCUCAUACACACUGGAGAGAAGCCUCAUGAAUGCACCCAGUGUGGAAAAGCUUUUUCAGUGCGUUCAAGUCUUACAAUCCACAUGCGAGAACACACUGGAGAUAAAACUCAUCAAUGUGCCCAAUGUGGAAAAUCUUUUACCACCAACUACACUUUUAAAAAGCACAUGCACAUACAUACUGGAGAGAAGCCUUACGUAUGUGCCCAAUGUGGAAAAACUUUUGCACGAAGUUCAACUCUUAGAAUCCACAUGCUAAAGCACACUAACGAUAAAAGAAAUCAUCAAUGUACCCAGUGUGGAAAAACGUUUACCUUCAACUCGCAUCUUAAAAAGCACAUGCGCAUGCAUACUGGAGAGAAGCCUUAUGAAUGUGCGAAGUGUGGAAAAGCUUUUUCACAAAGUUCAGGUCUUAAAAGCCACAUGCUAAUACACACUGGAGAUAAAGCUCAUCAAUGUACCCAGUGUGGAGAAACUUUUACCACCAACCAGAGUCUCAAAAGGCACAUGCGAUUACACACUGGAGAUAAAACUUAUCAAUGUACCCUGUGUGGAAAAGCUUUUAAAGCCAAACACAGUCUCAAAAAGCACAUGCUAGUACACACUACAGUGAAAUAUCAACAUCUUCCAACUAGCCUCAUUAACACAGUGAAUGGAACGCUGUUUUUGGAAGCUUUGUCCCAGAGUGCCAGGAAUGUAGAUCAUUGUUGACGAUUUUUGUACAGCUACAGUAUAUUCUAUGUUGGAGCUAUGAACUCAUACGAUAGCUCUUUUGAAAGGUGAGACUUUAAGGUUUUAGUGGGUACAAACCGUUUAUUUCUUUGUGCUUCUGUUCUUGAGAAAGACUAAGCUAAACAGUGGCUAGUGUUCUUCAAAAUCGCUCUUUGUUUUCUAGAAAUGGAGAUAUCACGUUUUCAUGGAAUAUAAAAAAAAAAAAAAAAAAAAAAAAGUAUAUAUUCUAUAUUCUAUGCCUGUAUGCAUGGGAACUAAAAAAGCAAUAUUGCGUUUUUGGCACUCGGUGUGUUAAUUAUUACAGUUGAGUAGAACUGACACUUGACUGAAUAAAAACAGCACUCACUGACACACCAACUUGUUUUUAUUGUAUCCUACCUUUCAAAUUGUUAUAAAACUGCUUGGAGAAUUAUUUUAAAGUGUUUACCAUGUUGUAAGUCGCUUUGGUUAAAAAAUGUAAUGUAAUUUAGUGUCCCAGUGAAGAAAAGCUUUGUUCUCAUUGCACUCUACUAUUUUAAUGUAAACAGUAGAAAUGCAAUGUGUCAUUUGACGUUAAAUUAAACUUAUAACGGUUGGAACUAAAACUUAUGGUGCAUUUUAUAAUGUUUUUAAAGGAAC